AUUCUGCCCUUAUUUCUACACCUAACAUUUCCCCUACACAGAGAAAUGGUUUUCUACAAUUCAAGAAAACAUCUGCUAGCAAUUAUUCUGGUCAUAAUCGUGGUCGGAACCUCGCCGGAAUGGGUUUCGGGCCAGAAUUGCGGCUGUGCUGCGAACUUGUGCUGCAGCCAAUAUGGUUACUGUGGCACUGGCAAUAGCUACUGUGGCACUGGGUGCAAGGCCGGCCCUUGCUAUUCCUCACCCGGCAACGGAGGUUCCGUUGCUAACAUUGUGACGGAUGCGUUCUUCAAUGGUAUUGCUAAUCAAGCGGCCGGAAAUUGCGCCGGAAAGGGAUUCUACACGAGAGCAGCAUUUCUCGAAGCUGCUCGAGCAUAUCCAAAGUUCGGGACUGUUGGUUCUGCAGACGAUUCCAAACGCGAGAUUGCUGCAUUCUUUGCUCAUGUUACGCAUGAGACUGGACAUUUUUGCUAUAUUGAGGAAAUAAACGGACGGUCUAAAGAUUAUUGUGACGAAAACAACAAAGAGUAUCCCUGUGUCCCAGGCCAGGGUUACUAUGGGCGAGGUCCGUUACAACUAUCGUGGAACUACAACUAUGGACCAGCUGGAAAAAGCAUAGGUUUUGAUGGUUUAAGAAAUCCAGGUACUGUAGCCACAGAUCGCGUAGUGUCGUUCAAGGCUGCUUUUUGGUUCUGGAUGAAUCAAUGUCACAAUAUUAUAACUUCUGGCCAAGGUUUUGGAGCUACAAUCCGGGCUAUUAAUAGUAUGGAAUGCAGUGGAGGUAAUUCGGGCGCAGUUAAUGCUCGAGUUGGAUAUUACACAGACUACUGCAAUAAACUUCAAGUUAAUCCUGGCAAUAAUUUGAGAUGCUAACUACUUGGGCUUUUAAAACCCUCUCAUUCUUGGGGGAUGAGUAUUGUUGAAUGAAUAAGUAAAUGUACAAGCGAUUUAUUUGCUUGCUUUUCAAUGUACUACUUUGUUGCAAUAAUUUGAUGUAGACAUCAAUUUACGAGUUUAAGACUUCUUAAUUAUCAACGUGAUUUUGUCUUUGACCAAAAAUAUCAAA